AUGAAGCCCGCAUUGGGACAGCAGCAGCAGCAGCAGUUGCUGCUGCAGCAAAAGCAGCAACAGCAGCAACAGCAGCAGCAGUUGCUGCUGCAGCAACAGCAGCAACAGCAGCAACAGCCGCAGCAAGAGGAUCUGCUGCUGCUGCUGCUUGCUGCUGUUGAUGGUGCUGCUGGCUUGGGGGCUCCUCCUUGCAUGUCUCUCCUUCAGGGGGAGGCAGCAGCAGCAGCAGCAGCAGCAACACUUGCUGCUGCAGUGCAGCAUCGCGGCGAAUGCAGCGACGCACAGCAGCAGCAGCAACAAAAGCAGCAGCAGCUGCUGCACCAGUACCAGCAGCAGCAGCAGCAGCAGCAGCAGCAGCAGCAGAGCCGCAAACCACAGAACAAAGUAGCAGCUGGCUGGGUACGGGGUGUACAUACAUCUCCCCAUGUUGCUGCUGCUGCUCUUCGUUUGCUGCAGGGUGUAUGUGAGACAGCAGCAGAUGCAGCAACGCUGCUGCUGUCUACAGAUGCACCGCAGCAGCAGCAGCAGCAGCAGCAGCAGCAGCAGCAGCAGCAGCAGGGACUCGAGCUGGUAGCAACCAUACUCUCCAGUGCUUCUUGUCUUUUUGCUGCUCAGACACUGCGUCGCUGUCUGCUGCGGCCCACAGCAGCACAUUGCUUCUCUAACAGCAGCAGCAGCAGCAGCAGCAGCAGGAGCAGCAGCAGCAGCAGCAGCAGCAACAGCAGCAGCAGCAGCGCAGCAGCAGCAGCAGCAGCAGCAGGAGCAGCAGCAGCAGCAGCAGCAGCAACAGCAGCAGCAGCAGCAGGAGUCGAUGCUAUUACUGCAGCAGCAAGAAAGCAUGCAAUUCGGUUCCUCCUGCAUUUGCUACAUGUGCAGCAGCAGCAGCAGCAGCAGCACUACGAGAAGCAGCAGCAGCAGCAGCAGCAGCAGCAGCAGGGAAAGACGAUCAACUGCUGCAGCAGCAAACAUCUGCUGCUGCAUGGAGACAUAGAGGAGAGCUGCUGCUGCCCGUCACCAGGCAAGAGCAGCAGCAGCAGCAGCAGCAGCAGCAGCAGCAGCAGCAGCAGCAGUAAGUGGAUGGGCAGCAGCAAUAACAGCGGCUAUGUUAGCGGCAGCAACUGCUGCUGCUGGUGGCUCCCGCACUGUGUUGCUGCUGCUGCUGCUGCUCUCGAUCCUACACUAACAGCAGCAGCAGCAGCAGCACAAGCCCGCAGAUACAACUUGCUGCUGCUGCCGUGUGGCGAGCUGUGUACUGCUUUUUUUCUGUCUCGUUGCUGCAGCAGUUUCUCUAUCGAUGGAGUUCCUGCAGCAGCAAACGAAGCAGCAGCAGCAGCAGCAGCAGCAGCAGCAGCAGCAACCUGGGUAAAAGCAGCAGGCAAAGCAGCUCUAGAGGUGCUGUAUGCAUGCGCUGACUGGGUGCUGCAGCAGCAGCAGCAGCAAGCGUGCGGGAGCUAUCAGCAGCUGCUGCGUGAGAGAAGAGCAGCAGCACCGCUGCUGCGGCAGCAGCAGCAGCAGCAGCACAACAAAGGCAGCAUCUCCAGCCUAUUGAGAGUAGCAGCAAACCCCACUGUCUUGCUGCUGCUGGGCGCAGCUAGCCGCUUCAUUGCUGCUGCUGCUGCUGCUAUGGGGCCGGGAUCGAUGCAGCAGGGAGAGCUGCUGCUGCCCCUGAAGCAGCAGCAGCAGCAGCAGCAGCAGCAGCAGCAACAGCAGCAGCAGCAGCAGCAGCAGCAUGCUGCUGCUGCUGCUGCUAAGGCUAAAAUAGACAAGCUUGUUGCAGCAGCACCACAGCUGCUCACGCUGCUGCCUAAGGCUAAAAUAGACAAGCUUGUUGCAGCAGCACCACAGCUGCUCACGCUGCUGCAAGGCUAA